GUGUUGUCCUGUUAAAACUUAAGAGUGUUAUUUUUUUAGUGUUGUGCAAGACAUUAAGGUUUUUUUUUCUUCGUCGCAAGAACAAUGGAAUAAUUGAUACUUAAUUGACUAUCAUCGAUUUUUUGCACUGUAAGAUUAAAUAUGAAGCGAAGAUGGGCCAAAAAGGAUUUAUUACAUCAAUUUUGGUAUUAGCAGUAGCAAUUAGGACAGAAGCUCAAUUUUUUGAUUUCUUCUCAGACCUGAGACCGUUUACAUAUCAAACUGUCAAACCAAUAUUUCCAUUUCAAGAAAGUACAACUAAAAAAACAAAAACCACAUACCAAAGACACAAUGGUGAAGAACAACACAGAACUCCUUCUUACAAUGAAGACAGAGAGGGAAAUAGGGCAAACGCACGAGAGAAAGCAAGACGUAGAACUACAACCACUUCAUAUGACGUGACUCAAAGGCCUAGAGUCAAGAAUGCUACUAGAAGUGAUUUCAGUAACUCAAAUAAUAAAAAUAGCGAUUAUAGUAAUUCCAAUAAUAAUAGAAAUAGAAAUAAUAAUGGAAAUUAUAAUGUUAAUCAAGGAAAUAGGGAUAGUAAUAAUGAUUACAAUAACAGGCCGUGGCAAGACGCCAAUGUUAUCGAAUACACGACCAGACCACGAGAAACUACGAGGAAUAAUAAAUAUACUACGUAUAAUCCCUUGUAUAAUAGACCUGGAGUGAAGCCGGCUUUGGUGGACAAUAGUAGACCUCCAAUAACAAAUAGGCCAGCUACGCAAAGGCCUUUUGCGGUAUACCCGAGGCCUACUGACGGUAGCGUGAUCAGGUUUCCUGAAGGCGCUGACACCAGCCCUCCGGUCUUGACUGGAACAGACGUGGACAGCAUGAGCCAAGCCGAGAAGAGGAAGUACCUUCAGAUUGCUGAGAAAAUGUGCGACAAAUAUAAAUCUCUCAGCGUGAAGAAAUUGGAGUUCAUACCGCUGCUGCCGUCUCCGGAGUCGGUUCAAAUCAACGUGACCGAAUGUGAGGUGUCGUCUGUGCCUCUCGUGGUGGGCGGCAAGGUUACGAGUAUACGGGAGUUCCCUCAUAUGGCGCUAUUGGGAUGGACGAAACUGAAGGACGGCGGUUACGCCUGGAAAUGUGGGGGUUCCCUGGUCAGCGACAGAUACGUUUUGUCUGCUGCACAUUGCUCUUUCCAGAACAGAGACGCUGAUGUGGCGAGCGGUGCACCGAGAGUGGUCCAGCUGGGCUCCACUUACCUUGACGACACAGGGGCGCUUGUCGUCAGAGUGUCGUCAGUCAUACGACACCCGAAGUACUCACAGAGUCGGUCGUAUUACGACAUCGCUCUAGUGAAAAUGGCGAAGUCUGUUACGUUUUCAGCCGUGGUGAAGCCGGCCUGCCUUGGAGUACCACCGCCGGUUGGCGAAAUGGUGGUAGCUACCGGUUGGGGACGCACUGAGUUUGGCGGAGACCAAUCCUUGGAGCUCAGAAGCGUCUCCGUGCCCAUUUGGGACAUGCAGGACUGCCGGCGCAUCCUGGGCGUCACCAGGAAGAUGCCCGAGGGCCCCUCCCCGGAGAGCCAGCUCUGCGCUGGCGAGAAGAAAGGGGGCAAGGAUACUUGUCAGGGUGACUCAGGAGGUCCAGCGCAAAUCAAAGAUGGCUGCCUUUGGCGCAUAAUUGGCGUUACAUCAGUCGGCCGGUCAUGUGGCGCUGUCAAUACACCAGCCAUUUACGCUAGAGUGUUCAGAGAAUUCAUUGCAGCCCAGAUUUUUGGCGAUAAAAUCAACGAUAUAGAUAAUAAAGAUUAUGAAUCAAAUCAUGAUUCUGGAGCGAGUAAUCAGAAUAAUGGUUUUAAUAAUCAUAAUUCUGAAGUUAGUAAUCAGGAUUACGGUUAUAAUAAUCAUAAUUCUGAUCGACAGAAUGUCGGUUCAAACAGUAACUGGCAAAAUAAUGAUAACAUGCAACCUAAUUAUGACAGAAAUCAGUAUAGCGAUUUCAAUAAUAACCCGAGCAGACAAAGCUUCAAUAAUUUUGACAAUGACAAUAGAAGACGGCAAGAUUUUAGUAACCAAGAAUCCAAUAAUAGGAAUUACGAAUAUCAUAAUACAAAUAAGCCUAGUACAGCUGAUUAUUACGCAAAUAACCGCCAGGAUAAUAGAAAUAAUAAUUAUAACAGCGGUCAUAAUGGCGGUAUGGUAAAUUUUGAUAGUAACAGUUACAGUACAAACAGACCAAGUACACGAAAUUAUUUCGCAAGCAACAGGCAAAAUAGUAAACGUCAUAAUUAUGAUGAUUAUAAAGUAGCGGACGAUAGCGAAGAUAUUAUAUAUUGGCCUGAGGCGUAGACGUGGUAAAAAAGGCGGACGUUAUGGGGCUUGAAAAAAAGUGAAGCAUACUUAUUGGCGGCAUUGUACGCAUGCGUUUGUGUGUGAGUGACAGAUACAUACAUACAUACAUUUGGUCACGUCUAUAUCCCUUGCGGGGUAGACAGAGCCAACAGUCUUGAAAAGACCGAAUGGCCACGUUCAGCUAUUUGGCUUAAUGAUAGAAUUGAGAUUCAAAUAGUGACAGGUUGCUAGUCCAUCGCCUAAAAGAGGAAUCUCAAGUUUAUAAGCCUUUCCCUUAGUCGCCUUUUACGACAUCCAUUGGAAAGAGAUGGAGUGGUCCUAUUCUUUUUUGUAAUGGUGCCGGGAACCACACGGCAGUGACAGAUAAAUGAGAUAAUCAAUAAAGCAUCUAUGACGCAAUGGCCGCUGACUGUCACACUAUUGAUGAAUAGUGUGUACGUGACGCGUGUAAACAUAUUAUUGUUACUUUCUUUUGCCGAAUAGUAAAACUCUGUCCGCCUUUUGUCCUACGUUUUUGACCUGAGGCUUAAAUUAUUAUGUAAUUGUAGCGACAUCUAUAUCCAUGCCGCAAUAACCACAAAAGUAGUGAAGUUGUUAAGUAGUUCAACUACCGUCCGAUAGAUGGCGCCAUUGAGAAUUGUCCAUACAAAUAGGAAAGGCUAAAUCGCGAUGUUGAAGUUUCUUAGAGGAUGAAGUUACAGGACGCAAAAGCCUUAGUCCUUACCCCAAAUUUAUACACAUGAUUGUGAUACAUCCGAUUGCAUUCUUAAGCAUGUAAUUGAUAUUUUACAUGCUGAGAAAUUAUUUGUAUAAGUUUAUUACAGAUGGAUCAGAUGGAUGUCGCUUUGUGACAUUGAAAAUUUAUUGUUGCACUAGUUAUAAGUGCUGUAUUGUUUUAUUUAUUCGCUUUCAACGACAUUAAAAAUAAUGUCUAAUAAAAUAGAGUCUAGCGAGUCGUGGCACAGCAAGACCAGCAAAUUUAAAAAUCAUUUAGUUUUUUACUUUAAACAUACUAUAAAAUAUCAAUUUGAUGCCGUAUGGUUCUCGGCAUCAAUAGAAAAAAGAAUAGGACCACUCCAUCCUCCAUCUCUUGCCCAUGGAUGUCGUAAACUCAAUUCUAUCAUAAAACCAAACAGCUGAACGUGGCCUUUCGGUCUUUUGAUGACUGUUGGCUCUGUCUAUCCCGCAAGGGAUAUAGACAUGAUUAUAUGUUAUGUUUUAUCAAAUUCAUUUUUGAUUAUUCCGAUGGCCUCUGGUUGUGCGCUGUUUGUGACACAGGAGGGGAAGGUUCAA